GGAUAUAAGUAUAGUUAACAUUUUUUUCGUCAACGUGUGUUUUAAAAAGCAUAGCCAGUGAUGUUUAUGAACUAUUUUUAAUUUUUAAGUUUUAAUAUUCACUUUGUUUAUUUUCGAAUGUGUUGAUGGUAUCUCGCACUGUAUUUAUGUACCUGGUUAACUUUUGAAGCAGGUUUGAUUCCAGCGGGCUUGGUGAUUUGGUGAGAAGCAGUGAGGUUCAUCUGCUGAAUGCCUGUGGCUGUCUGGGCUGAAGCGCACUCCGCUGCAGGACUCAUAUCAGAGUGGACUGGAGAAACAUGGACGGAGAGCCCACGACGCUUCGGACUGUAUGGACCUCACAGAAAUCCUAACUGGAAAGCAGAAAAGUGUCUGGAAGCGGCUUACUGCGGAUGCGUCUCGUCGUAUAAACGCUACGUUAGUUAGGAGUUUGUUUCUGCGCGCUUUUCGCUGUGUUUUCUCUCAGGACGAGCAGAGCAGCUUCUCUUCAACUGAGUCGAGUUUUGGCUGCGCUUGAUGGAAAAUCUGCGGUGGCAUCAGCCGGGACUUCACUAAAGACUGCCGUCUGACUACCCUGCUAACGUGCGAGACCGCAUGGAUACUUCCUUUUAUCGUUCCACCCGUGGACUGGUACACGUCUGAAAAACUGGUGUCAGUUUUUAUCCGUUUUUUGGAGGGGAAAAAUCUCCCGGCUCCGCAGUAACUAAGUGUCUUUAGCAAGUGAGGAUGCUAGCCAGAGUUAGCUAGCUUUAGCUUCAGUAACGUUAGCUACCGUCGCUCGGUUCACUGUUAGGCCUCGUAAUUUACAAUGAAGACUGCAGUUACUCUGUGAACGGCUGGGCUCAGUAGAGUGAGGGAACAGUUUAAUUUCGAAAAAGCUUUUUAAAUUUUGCUUUUUUUCCCUUCAAAGUCAGCAGAGGAGUGUUCGUGGACCUGUAGAGAAACUACAGGCUAACUGCACAUUAGUGGAAAUUUCUUGUAACGGCUCGUCUGACAUAGCUAGUUGGAAAAUAGUUGAAUAGUUAACGUUAACCUAACUAUUUUAUCCGUUCCUCGAUUAACAAUAACGUUAGCUCACUUUGUUUCUUUUCCUCGAAGUUAUUUCUCCACUUUAGAGGAAUAAAAAAACAGUACAGUUUCAGAUAUAAGUAACUUCAGAGGUGUUUCGGGUACGCGUUUUGAAUCCAGGUUUAUAAGCUAACGUUACUUGUAGUUUUUAGUGCGGCUGUUGGGUAAAUCAAUGCACGUUACUGUUACUGUACAUUUUCUUUGUUGUAUUCGGUGCUAGGUUUCGUUCUCAGACAUCUAAUUGUUCAUGCAGGGAUUUUGGAAAAUGUGUAACUCGGGAUAACAUCGUCAGACUGCUUAUUUUCCUCACGUCGUCCAGUUUUUCUAGUUUUACUUUUUCAGUGUUUGGUCAGUUGGUUGAGGACGGUACAGUAGUUUCAGUAUAAGUCCGGUCCGGUUAGUAAAUACAGUCUAGACUGCCGUGUGUGGAGACGAGCUGUCCAAAAGAACUGAUGCUCAAGUCCUGACGCUCUCCUCUGUACUUACAAACAUGCCAGUUGGAUGUAAAUCUCAUAAAAACUGAAAACAGAAGCCCAAUGAGCGACACACAGCCAACAGUGACGGAGAGAUUUCCCAAAAAAGCAAACAGAACCAGUAGUAUUCUCAGCAGAGACCAUCCCCCUGACAAGAGGCCCAAAAGUGACAAACCUGCCAUUCCUCCAGUGCAUGACUCUACAUUUGACUCUACAGCGCUGGUACAGAAGAGUGGAUGUGCAGUGGCCGAGGGAACCCCCGAGUCAUGUGGACUGGUUCAGAGAUGUGUGAUCAUUCAGAAAGAUGAGAAUGGCUUUGGGUUAACCGUGAGCGGAGACAACCCUGUGUUUGUGCAACUUGUCAAAGAGGAUGGCGCUGCCAUGCGUGCAGGUGUUCAGACUGGGGACAGGAUCAUUAAGGUUAAUGGAACCCUGGUGACACAUUCAAACCACGUGGAAGUAGUGAAGUUAAUCAAAUCGGGCUCCUAUGUGGCCCUCACAGUACUGGGACGACCCCCUGGGUUACCCCAGAUCCCUCUUUCGGAGGUUGAUUUGAACCUAGGGCCGGUAGAGGGUCAUGGAGCAUCCUCAGCCAUGUUCCCUCACUCUCCAAGGCAAAGUGCGUGCAACCUGGAGUACAAAGCUGCAAAGCGUGCCUCCUCUCCACUGGUAACAUGGGAGGAGAACAACAUUGUGCACAGCUUAAAAGCAGACAUCUUGCAGAGGAUGCUGGCCAAAGAGCGUCAAGAGUUACAGGAGAUGAAGGAGGAAUACAGCAGGAACCCCACACCCAAACUGCUGAGGGACAUCCAAGAAGCCAAAAAACACAUCCCACAGCUUCAGAGUCAGCUCACCAGAGUAAUACAGGAUGGCCUGCAAAUGGAGGACAGUGAGGAUGGUGUACUGGACGUUGACCAGACCACCUCAGAUGGGUUCUGGAGCUCCGUCCUGCGUAGCUACCACCCGGCCUCACCGGAGAGCCUUUGUCAAAGAGACUCAAGCAGUCCAAAGAGCACACCUCGUGAUAGCCUCAACUCCUGCCCUUCCCCUGAGACAGAGGACACUUCUGACCUGGACUCCCACCUCCGUUCUACUGUGGGGAGUCCUUCCUUCCGCAUGGCCUCUCAGAUCAUCGGUGCUGAGGAUGACUACUUCGAUUCAGAGCAGGAGCAGUUGAAUGGCCAGUGUAGUUGUUUCCAGAGUGUGGAACUGCUGAAGUCCCGGCCCGCCCACCUAGCAGCCUUCUUGCACCAUGUGGUCUCUCAGUUCGACCCUGCUCCUGUGCUUUGUUACCUUUACGCUGACCUCUACAAGCAAACCAACUCCAAAGAAACCCGUCGCAUCUUCUUGGACUUUCUCACCUUGUUCAUUGACCGGGGGGCUAACUUAAAAGUAGCUGUGCCCGAAUCCAUCUCUUCUGAACUUGAACGGCGGAGGCCAGAACUGAUUCCUGAGGACUUGCACAGACAGUUUGUUCAGACAAUGCAGGAUGCGCUUCUUCCUGAAGUUCUGAAGAUUCUGGAGGACUUUAGACAGAAGCGUAAUAUGGGACUGACCCUGGCUGAUGGGGAACUGGCUCAUCUGGACUCUGAACAAAUUAGAGACAGCGCUGCUCUGGAGAGGGAAAGAUUCUGCGCCGAGAACAUUGUCUCCAAGAUAGAUGACGUCUUGUUCACUUCGCAAGCCUCAGAAGAAGAGAAGUGCAAUACAAUACAGUAUGUGAUCUUCACCUACAUGAAGCACCUUGGUGUGAGGAGCAAGGAACAACGCAACCUGGAGUCUAAGCGUGUGCGCAUCAAUUUUCUCCCCAAAAUAAAGAAAAGCAGCAAGCCAGAGAAGGAGGGAGAGGAGAAGGUGAAGAAGCCCCGUUUUAACAUCCUGGGACCCUCAUUCCGGCCCAACCGCAUUGAUGCUCCAUUCGCAGCAGGGCGUUCUGUGGACGGUAGCAAGCAGAGGCCUCAGAAGCAGCUGUCCCAGCCAGUGAUUGGAACAUGUGAGCCAGUAGAUGGUGUGCGUUUGCGUGGCAGCCAAUCUAGCGAGGGCUCCGACUUUACUCAGAAUCCUGCUUUCAUUGCUGCAUCCCCAGGCAGUGCCCCCUACAGCCCUGCCUCAGACACUUCCUUCAGAGAUUCAGACUGUGGUGGGAGCCCAUCCUCUGUGAUUUCGCGACUGACCGAGGGUAUGCAAGCAGGAGAGGGCCUGGAUGGCCCUUAUCCUCCCUGUGAUUACAUCCCCUACAGCCUGGAGCAGCUGGAAGAGGAGAGGGAUGGUGACAGACUCCAGGAUGUGGGCACGCCUAAGCUGAGCAGGAGGCUAGAGGAGGUGCUGAGUGAGGAUGAUGGCGGUGGCAGCGUUUACUCUGAUGUGGAUCCUCCGAACUGGCAGCAGCUGGUGGGGCGGGAGGUUUUGGCUGGACUGACUCCUCAUGAGAUCAAGAGACAGGAAGUCAUUAACGAACUGUUCUACACCGAGCGUGCACAUGUACGCAUGCUGAAAGUCCUGGAUAAUGUCUUCUACCAAAAACUGACCCGAGACAAUAUACUGCCCCCUGCUGACAUCAAAAACAUCUUCACCAACCUUGAGGAGAUCAUCCAGCUCCAUGUGACAAUAUCGGAGCAGAUGGCAGGCAUACGCAAGAGAAAUGAGUCAUCAGUUGUUGACCAAAUUGGAGAUGAUUUGCUGUCUUGGUUCAGUGGUGGAGAGGAGGAGAAGAUGAAGCGGGCAGUAGGAACCUUUUGCAGCAACCAGCCCUUUGCUCUGGAGCUCAUCAAGAGCCGGCAGAAGAAGGACCAACGUUUCAUCACCUUCAUGCAGGAGGCGGAGAGUAAUCGGUUGUGUCGGAGGCUGCAGCUGAAGGACAUCAUUCCGGCCGAGAUGCAGAGACUCACUAAGUACCCAUUGCUGCUGGAGAAUAUCGCCAAGUACACCGAUGACAUUGAGGAGAAAGACAAGGUGAGGAGGGCGGCUGAUUGCUGUCGGAAGAUCUUGAACCACGUAAACCAGGCAGUGAAAGAGUCAGAGAAUACACAGCGGCUGGAGGACUACCAGAGACGCCUGGACCUCUCCUCACUGAAGCAGAGUGAGAAUCCACUCAUCUCCGAAUUUAAGAAUCUGGAUCUAACCAAGAGGAAGCUGAUCCACGAAGGUCCGCUGACCUGGAAGUUGAACAAAGACAAGACUGUUGAGUUAUACACUCUGCUCCUGGAGGACGUCCUGGUCCUGUUGCAAAAGCAGGAUGAGAGACUAAUUCUGAAAUGCCACAGUAAGAACCGGGCCGGCACUGUCGACACUCAGCACAUCUUCAGCCCUGUCAUCAAGCUCAGCACUGUACUGGUCCGUUCUGUGGCCACAGAUAACAGAUCCUUCUUUGUGCUCUCCAUGUCGGACAAUGGAGCCCAGAUCUAUGAGCUGAUGGCCCAGACAGUGUCUGAACAAAGAACGUGGCAGAGACAGAUCACUCAACGAGCAGAGGUGAUGAAGGCCAAACCCCACACUGUCAUUCCUCUGCCUCAGUCUGCUGGGGAAAGAGACAGCAUGGAGGUUGGUAAACCCAAUAAAGGCCCAGAGCGCACAUCAUCUGGCAGCAUGCGGCCCUCAGAUAAAGUUCGUGGCAGGACGUCUGUUGCCCUGCACGGCUCCAGUCCCACCUCCAACCCUGAGGAAGAAGAGCAGAGUCAUGACACUGGUCGGGAAGAAGGCUCUUAUCUGGACUCAGAGCUGCUGGACGGCCGGGACGCAUACUCUCUGUCCUCUUCCAGCAGAGCUGAGGAAGCCCUGAAAACCUUGGCUGCACUGAAGCAGGUGCUGGUGACCCAGCUCAUGGCCCAUGAUGAUGGGGAGCGACUGGGUCGGCCGCUCGGCGGGCGUCUCCUCAGGACAACGUCUCUGCGCACACCCGUGGAGCACAGCUCAGGUCGUUCGGCCUGCAGGGCACAGGACGCUGCUUCAGGUGACACUGGCUUCUACGAGGGCUCGGAGGACUAUGGUGACAGUUAUCUGGUGCUGGAGGGCUAUGGUGGUUCUGGAGAGAGCAGUACUGAUGAUGAUGUGCAGGUUGGGGGGAUGGAGCUGGGUUUGUCCCGCGGCUGUGCUGCUGACUCGGGCAUCAGCCUCAGGUUCUCUUCAGCCUCUGUAGAAAGCAUGUGCCGCCUCAGCCGGCAGGUCCUUACACACCUGCGCGACCUGCAGGCCAACCUCAACCACCUUAAGGAGGUGGAGAGCAGGUAUUACAGCAUGUUACGGCAAAGGCAUGCAGAGUCAUCAGCAGACACUGGGGAGAGCAGAGAUAAGAAAUAGAGCUGUGGAAGUUCCUUGGCUCCAAUCAUUCUGAGGGCACUUUACCAGUCUAUGCUGAGCUCCGCCUCCAGUCUGUCCUGCUAACCUCUUGGCGCUUCUGCCCGACAGAGAGAGAGAGAUUAUGAAAGAAGAGGGUGAUUAAGUGAAAGGGGAGGGUGUUUGGAAUGCUCUGUCUGCACAAAAUUAUCAGGGAAGACGGACAGUCCUCAGCCUUUCUUGUUCCUGCAGCAUGAUCCUUAGUUCAGCCAGAACGGGCUGUUCUGUCCCAGUCUUUCCAGCAGUUUUAGCUAGAGAAAAAAAAUAGUGAUGGCAAAAUAUACAAGUACAUAUAAAUAUAUAUAAAUAUAUGUAUAACACAAGACAAGAAGACAGAAAAGAUUUUUUAAAGUAAUGCUGUAAGAAGUUUUUUGUUUUUAAAUCUUGGAUGUAUUUAUUUUACAUUUUUUUUCCAAAGUUUCUUGCAUGCUUUUUCAGGCCAAGCUCCUAGGUUGUUACAUCUGUCAGUAAAUGGCUCGUAGGUUUCAGGACUGCCAGGAACAAGGACUUGGGUUUUGGGCCUACAGUGUAUGAUCACAAAUAAGCAAAUCCACGGCAGUAAUUCCGUCCUCUCCCAGGCUCCUCUGCACAUGGUUCAUGGUUUGUGCUGGACUCCUCUGUCCUCCUCUUCGUCCUCAAGAGGAGAGCCAGAGCUCCAGCUGAGAAGAUGAAGAGAGCAUGGAUCCCAAACAUUCCUGACACACAGCGAAGUCUAAUAACUGCUACACAAGCAGAAUAUAUAACCUUUGAGUUGGCUAGUGAUGCAAAAUGUGGAAAUAAAGAUGCAACGACA